AGAGCCUUCAUUUCCAAUUUUAGUUUAUUAUUAUUAUUUUUUUUUUUAUCGGAAGAAGAAGAAUAUAUCAACUCUAGUGUCAUUUCCCGGUGCUCCUCCUUUGCUUUUGCUCUUCGUUUUCAUUCUCAAUCCUCUCCGUAGAGUAAAGAAGAACUCGAACUUGAAAAGCUUCUUUUCGUCUGGUGUUCUUCGUCGUUCUGUGAAGUGAGGACUUGCUGCUGUUACCAUGGAUGAUCGGAAGGAGAAAACUGCUCCCUGGCUUUCAGUUCCACAGUUUGGAGAUUGGGACCAGAAGGGACAGAUGCCAGACUACUCUCUUGAUUUCUCAAAAAUUAGGGAAAAUAGGAAACAAAACAAGAGAGACGUGUCCCGGGCGAGUCUUGGAAAUGAAGAGGAGCUCAUUGCCCCAGCCGCUCCCCCAACCACAACAGACUCUUUCCCCGCUGAAAACCAUCACUCCUAUCGUCAGAGUCAGCAUCCUUCACCACCAAGAAAGAGCAUUCUAAGCUACUUCAACUGCUGCGUGAAAGCCUGAAAUAGUCUUGAAGACCUUUGCAGCAGGCCCACUUGUAAGUUGAAAUGUCAUUGUACUAAUUACUUCUGUACGGACACCUCUAUCGUCCUUUAUUUGUCUUGCUGCUUAGAAACUGUACAAUUGUAUUAUAUUUUUGGAUUUCGUUCGAUGCCUUUGUUCUUGCCUGUAGCUGCCUCUGUUUCAUUAAUUCUGCCUUGAAUCAAUCUGUUGAAAAACUUCGAGGAAAUGUAAACAAAUGCAUUGGGUCUA